GCUCGGACUAUAGUGACUCUUGAUUGACUGACCGACAGAAGUGUCUGAACGUCCAGAGCCAGUGAACCAGUGAGAUCUGGUUUCCGCCACAUGGACACGACCGUAGCGCACCUUACACAUUCUAAAUAUCACGUGGUCAAACGUAUUAAAACAACGGUAAAACAUGAGGAAACCGACAUCAUGGUGGUUUUCGGCGUGUUUGUAACGCAAAUAUUCCGAAAGAAAACUCAAUUGGACGAGCAAGAAACGAGCCCGCAGAAGUAGACACGUGACUGCAGACGAUCACCCUCGUUGCAUUCAGUCUUUCGGUUAAAGAGGUUUCGACGAGCUUCUUAAUAAAUUUGUCCUGAGGUCAGAAUUGUAUGCUUUUUAGGCUUCAUCCACACGGAUCCGCACUUUUUCCUAUCCGAACAUUUAACACAUCAAAACCGUGCUUCGUUAACACGCAGCAUUUUCUGCUGUUGUUUCAGUCGGGUUUGCUGCACGCCACUCCCGACCACUAGUGGCCGCUGUUCCCGGGUGUACCUGGCACUGGCACCUGUGGUUCAUAGAGGGACAGCUGACGUUUCUCUUGAUCCAACCAAGAGCAGCGCGUGUUGUCACUGCCUGUUGCGGUCCGUGUCACUGCCUGAUGUGGUCCGCCGGACGUUCCGGGACUGGAACCGGAUCUUAGAAACACGCAUGCUCAAGGUCUACGAAUUGUUUAUUAUAUCACGUAAAUUUGUUUUGUUUUUUUUAAUAGUUGUCAAAAUAGUCUUUAACAGUAAAAUCUGGAAACUACACGUUUUUACGUGGAUGCGUAAGUACGAUCUGCUGGUCUGUCUACCUGAUGUGGUCCACCGGAUAUGAUGGUGCUGGUUCAGGAAGUAACCGACGAACCGGUUUAUGAUCGAGGAGCAAAAGGAGAAGCAGCGGCAGGCUAAGAAAGAGGAGCGGGCCAAGAAGAGGAAAGCGGAGAAGGAGGAUGGAGCCAAAGAACCCACAGCAAAGAAGGCUCGCCAGGUGGAAGCUGCCGAGAAGCGUUCAGAAAAGACACGAGACAAAGGCUCCAAGCAGUUCAUGUGCUCCGAGCUGAACAAGGUGAUCAACGCUUCAGACGUCGUCAUUGAAGUCCUGGAUGCUCGCGAUCCUCUGGGCUGCCGAUGUCCUCAGUUGGAGGAGUCAGUGCUGAGCAAGAACAAGAAGCUGCUCUUCCUUCUCAACAGGAUCGACUUGGUCCCCCGACAAAACGUCAACCAAUGGCUGCAGCAUCUGCAGAAGGAGGGCCCGGUCGUGGCGUUCAAAGCUUCAAGGAAGUAUCAGCACGACACGCCGCAGUCGAAGAAAAAGCGAUUCGUACCCUCCAACGAUGUCGCUGACUUGUCUAAUGCAGCGUCCUGCUUCGGGGGCUCCUGUCUGGUGGAGCUCCUGUCCGAUUACGCCACCAGCAUGAAGGAGGGAGCUCUUCUCAAGGUCGGAGUGGUUGGCUUCCCCAGUGUGGGGAAGAGCAGUGUCAUCAACGGUGUGAAGGGAGCAGUGGUCUGCAGCGCCGGCGUCCAGAGAGGCCUGACAAAACACAUGCAGGAGGUGCACGUAGCCAAGAACGUGAAUCUGCUGGACAGCCCUGCACUUGUGGCGUCGCCAUCCAACUCUCCGGCCUGUCUGGCCCUGAGGAGCCUGCAGAUGGAGGAGGCCCAGCAGAGCGUGCUGGAGGCCGUGAGGGUGCUGCUCAAGCAGUGUGACAAGACUCAGGUCAUCCUCCAGUACAACAUCCCAGACUACAGGAACUCCACAGAAUUCCUGACUCUCUUGGCCAAGAAGUGGGGUUUUCAGAAGAAAGGGGCCCUGGACACAGUGCAGGCCGCCGUCACCUUCCUGAACAACUGGACCGGGCCCAGAAUGAGCUACUACUGUAAACCACCCAACAGCGCUGCUCCUCCAGCCUACAUGUCCGAAGCCGUUGUUGCCCAGAUGAAGGAAGGAUGGGAUCUGCAGAAGCUACAGACAGGAAAUGAGGCCACGAUGAAUGCCGUCAGGUUCCCAAACCGGAUGAACGGGAUCAGUUUUGUGUCCACUGGCCCCACCUCUGGCCUCCUGAGUGUCAGCAGCGACUCGCCGCCUCCUGCCACCACAUCGGCUGAGCCCGAGAGCCAGCCUCAGGUGGACUUGGCAGAAGAACCCCAGCACACAGAAGAAACCAAAAAGACUCGUGUGCAGUUUCAGUCCGUCGACAUCAGUGCCCCAAUAGCCACCUCAGGUGACACCUACGACUUCAACACAGACUUCAACUGACGACGGCAAUCCUCACUCAGAACAUUUUAUCAGACGCGUGUCUGAUUGUAAACUUCUGUAUAUUUAUUGAUGGUUUAACUGAUGUUUGUGCAGAGUAAUGUAUAUAGAAUUGCUUCAACUGUAAUAAAUCU